GGGCGGGGGCAGGGCGCGAGGUAUCAUGGAGGAUCAGUAGGCAGGCUGUGGCCAUCAGAGGAGAGCAGCCACCGCUCCGAUCCCCGGGAGUCCCUCAGCCGCUCGAGACCUGCCAUGGACAUGAAGAAGAGGAUCACCCUGGAGCUGCGGAACCGGAGCCCGGCGGAGAUAGCAGAGCUGGUUGUGGAUAACAGCCGCUCUGCAGACGGAGAGGUCGAAGGUCUCACGGACGCCUUCGUGGAGCUGGAGUUCCUCAGCAUGGUCAACGUGGGCCUGAGCUCGCUGGCCAAGCUGCCCUCACUGCCCAAACUACGCAAGCUGGAGCUGAGCGACAACAACCUUUCUGGUUCUCUGGAGACGCUGUCGGAGAAAUGUCCCAACCUGACCUACCUCAACCUGAGCGGGAACAAGAUCAAAGAGCUGAGCAACGUGGAGGCGCUGCAAAACCUGAAGAGCCUGCAGAGCCUGGACCUGUUCAACUGUGAGAUCACGUCCCUGGAGGACUACCGGGAGAGCGUGUUCGACCUGCUGCCCCAGGUGACCUACCUGGACGGCUUCGACCAGGAGGACAACGAGGCGCCCGACAGCGAGGCCGACGACGAAGACGAGGACGGGGAGGACGGGGCGGGGCCGACCGGAGACUUCGACGAUGAGGAGGACGACGAAGAGGAAGACGAGGACGGCUCGGAGGGAGGAGAGGUGGGACUGAGCUUUCAGGUGAACCGGGCCAAUCAGGACGAGGAUGACUUGGAUGAUGAUGAGGAGGAGGAGGAAGAGGAACAGGCCGGCGCUCAGGGAGCGAAGAGGAAGAGGGACGUGGACGACGAAGGCGAGGAUGACGAGGACGACCGAGGACGACUAGUCCUGAAUCGGUCCUCCAGACCAGAGCUAGUUCCUUCAGUCUUUCUUUUAGAUAAUAUAUGAAGAUUUUAUCAGAACUUCACCUCAAGAGUCCACGUGUUUCCCUUUAAAACCUGGUCCAGGAUCACAGUCCGUCUCCACAUCCCAAAUCCUGAACCUGAUCCUCGUCCCAACGCCUCGCUGGAAGUGGAUCCGCCGCGGAUGACUUCCUGUCAGCAGAGAUGUGAAGACUUCAGAAUGAUGUCACUUCCUGUCUCCAUCCGGGGCGUCCUGCUGAAGUCCAGGUCCGACUACGAGACUCGAGUCUUUAGACCAACGAGAAAAAACGGACGGAUCCACAACGGAUCAGUCGGUCCGGUCUAGGAGACGUCUCGUAUUCUGCUCUGGACUUUGGACCUCGACGUCUCAAACCGCCACCGAGUCUUGAUCCACAUCAGGAUCCGGAGCCUUCUACCAUCGGAGACGCAAACAGGAAGUGAAGAGAUCACCUGGCGGACCGCAUCCUGUCCGAUCCACACCUCGAAAGACCAGAACCGGUUCUUCCUGCUGCCAUAUCUGAUUCUGGACCGACCGGGGCCGAGCCCCGUUUUCAGGGUCUUCCGUCCUGUCUGAACCCUCUAGUCUCUGAACUGAAUAGUGGUCCCGUUAGAACCACGCAGACCUGCUGUAGCCCAGGUCCACGUGUCCCUGUGUGUUUGAUUUGUUCCAGGGAGCAUUCGGGGCGGGUGGGAGGAAAUGUUCUUUCUUUGGAGCGACUUCCUGUCUCCGGGAAACGGAUGUUGGCUUCGUAUCGAUUACGGAAGUAAAGGUUUGCACUUCCUGUCGGCUCUCGCUUAACAAAAUAAAGACGUACGACGCCAACAUUUAAUGUCCUGGCGACUGAGCUGCUCGUCCUCAGGCUCCGCCCCCUUAGGCUCCGCCCCCUCAUAGACCAAACCACCUGUGGUGUGUUCAGGUGCUCCUCGUGUCAGAAAAUGCAAACGCCCAAAUGUUCGAAGACUGCCGUAGGUCACCUGAACGUAAUGUUGCAAUGCAUUAUGGGAUACAGAGGCGUCGUUGCUUGUGAGGGGCGGGGCCUGAGACCGCUGCGUCUGAUUCAGGUGUCGCUGCUCUGCGUGGGAUUCUGCAGCUACGAAGCACAACUUUUAACUAAACUGCUGUAAAGUUUUAGCUUUUCUCUCGUUUUACACUCUUAAAGUAAUACUGCAAUACUUACACACACAAGUACACACAGGAAGUGUGUGUGUUUGUGUACACACAGGAAGUGUGUACUUGACCCGUUCCUAAACAGGAGUCUGUUCACACAGCUCAACCAAUCAGAGCCUGUGAGGGGGCGUCUAAGCUCCUGCUAGCUUAGAUGCUACAUAGCAUCAGUUCAUUCAUGAAACGAAAGCGGUGUGUUUUUAAGAGUGUAAAAGGUCAAAGGUCGCGUCUGUCAGACCUUAAAUUGGUUUUUAUGGCAAUAUUGUAAAUAGACUCAGUUUCAGGUUUUUAUUUUGUAAUGAAUUAAAUAAUUUUUCAGAUGUUUUGUUUCUGCAGCGAGGUGAUAGUUAACCCCCGUCUUUGACCUUUGACCCCGGCCCUCUGGCUUUCCCUCCACUCGGGGGCGGAUUGUGUUUGACUUUGUGUGCUGUGACAUGUUGAGGGGUUUGAAUAAAAAACAGUUAAAAGAAAAUA